AUGGAACCCAUUGUGAUCAACGGCGAAAAGGCGGAUGAAGUUUUACGAUACGCAUCAAGCAACGAUGCUGUUACCCGACGACAGGCACUACAUUCUCUUCGGGACCUACAACAAGCUGUCAAGGCACGACAAAAGCGUAUCCGGAUAUUCAAUCUAACGGUGCAGGCGUUAGACCAACAAUAUGCCCGGUGGCAAUAUUCUGCUCGGCAGCAGCUAACCCAUUUGGAUACCAUGGUAGCCGAUUUGAAUCAUCAAGUGGCAAAACUACGACAACAGCGUAGCGAAAAUGAAGAACAGCUCAAAGUGUUUGAACGGCAGCUGCAGGGGAUUCGUGAAUACGCCCAACGAAGACGUACCAAGAAAACCAAACGUGAGAAGCAGUACAACCAUUUUUAUUUUAUCCCAGUGGUAUCCAAGAGCUUCCAGCAAAAGUAUGUGCGAGCGCAAGAUAAAAAUGCAGCAGCUGAGCAAGAAGUUGUUCAGAUACGAGAAUCGAUUGAAGCGAUACAAGCGGCAGUGCGACAAGCUGGCAACUUGCUUGGUCGUAAGCAACAAGAGCAUGAUGCUCAAAUGGAACAACGGCGCGCUGUACAUGUGCAAGUGGCAGCUGCUGAUAAAUGCUUAGCUUAUUUACACGAGGGCCAACACUUUUGGAAUCAUUUUGAUCAAAACCAAGCGGAAGUAGUGAUUGAAGCUUGCUCUCAACUUAUGCAAACAUUCAGGAGCACCAGUGAGCCACAACUUUUUCGACGUCGUUCAUCAACAUCGACCGAUCCACAACAACGAGAUUGGAGAGUGGUAUUCAAAUCUGCAUGCAUUGAGUAUGGUGAAAGAGAAGCGUAUGGUGCUACCAAAUGGGAUAAUGUCGAAGUCGAAUUUGAUUGUGCCCGAUGCCAGCAAUCACUUGUAGGAUGGCCCACUCCCGACAAGGUGCAUACAGCUGACCUGCUAUGUGCAGUGUGUUACCAAGACAUGCGUACAAGCAUGAUUAUGGAAAAGAAAAUGAACGUCAUCGGUGGUAAAUUAGGCAUUGAGCGCCCUGAAGGACCUCGUCGAUAUUCCUCUUCAUCCAAAUCCACAAGUCGUUUUAGUACAUCAAGCGUGGGAUCUUCAUCACCAUCCACUACGCCACCUUCAUCAAAUAGGUCAUCAUCGUUUGUGGGAGAUGCCAAAAAAGUGUUUAAAGGUCUAAGCUUCUUGUCGAAGAAUAACACAACAUCCAAAUCCACACCCUCCACGCCACCUCUUUCAUCCACUGUGAUGCCUUCCAAACCACAUGAAUAUGAUCAACAACCCCCACAACAACAACGCCGCCCACCACCAUCAGAAAGACCGUUACCACCGCAACCACCCAAUGCUUUUCCCAGUAACCACCGCCCUGUUAUAGCAUAG